AUGGUCGAGGUCGCCGCUGCCCGCGGGGAUGUCUGCCGAGCCAGAAAACGCUUUCAGGGAACGAGGAAUGCAACCAACCGCGAGGCAAACAGACAGGUUUACGUUUCACUCACUAACGCGUUUACGAUCCAAGACGUAAACACCGCCGUUCUAUCGAUGGGUAAGCGCAAGACGCUCGGACUUGACCGGAUUACAGCCAGCAUCCUCUCACAGGCUCUGCUGAUUCUCGCCCCGGUAAUCACGAUGUUGUACAACUAUUGCCCACUGGUGGAUGUAUUUCCGUCGACCUGGAAAGUCGCUGACGUAAUAGCCGUUCCGAAAGGUGCUGAUAAGGAUAAGUCGGAUCCGAAAUAA